UGCUUCCAAUGUCAUAUGACUAGCUAGCCACACAGUACCAUUGAAUACCCUUAGCCAUCAUCAGUACGUCGUCAAUACUGAAGACUAGCACAGACUCCCUGGUUUAAUUCAUUCUACAAUGGCAACAUUGGUGGGAAAUAGGGUGAUGGACCUUAACGGCCCCGAAGCUGCAGCAAGAGAACAUGCACAAGCUGUCACAAGAAACUACAUCUCACAACCAAGGCUGACGUACUCCACUGUAUCUGGCGUGAACGGGCCCCUGGUGAUUUUAGAUAAAGUGAAGUUUCCCAGGUAUGCUGAGAUUGUGCACUUAACUCUUCCUGAUGGCACCAGAAGGAGUGGUCAGGUUUUGGAAGUGAUUGGCACAAAGGCCGUUGUACAGGUGUUUGAAGGGACAUCGGGCAUUGAUGCCAAGAAGACCGCCUGCGAGUUUACUGGCGACAUCCUGCGCACACCUGUGUCUGAGGACAUGCUUGGGCGUGUCUUCAAUGGCUCAGGCAAGCCCAUCGAUCGUGGCCCCAAUGUACUGGCUGAGGACUACCUGGACAUCAUGGGCCAGCCUAUCAACCCCCAGUGUCGUAUCUACCCGGAGGAGAUGAUUCAGACGGGCAUCUCUGCCAUCGAUGGCAUGAACAGCAUUGCCCGAGGACAGAAGAUCCCCAUCUUCUCCGCUGCUGGGCUGCCCCACAACGAGAUUGCUGCCCAGAUUUGUCGUCAGGCAGGCCUGGUACAGAAGUCCAAGGAUGUGAUGGACUACAGCUCCGAUAACUUUGCCAUUGUCUUUGCCGCCAUGGGGGUCAACAUGGAGACGGCUCGCUUCUUUAAGUCAGACUUUGAGGAGAAUGGUUCCAUGGACAAUGUCUGCCUGUUCUUAAACCUGGCCAAUGACCCGACGAUUGAGCGCAUCAUCACUCCGCGUCUGGCAUUGACCUCAGCAGAGUACCUGGCCUACCAGUGUGAGAAGCAUGUGCUGGUUAUCCUGACUGACAUGAGCUCCUAUGCAGAGGCUCUGAGAGAGGUGUCUGCUGCCAGAGAGGAGGUCCCUGGACGCCGUGGCUUCCCAGGAUACAUGUACACCGAUCUGGCCACCAUCUACGAGCGUGCCGGCCGUGUGGAGGGCAGGAACGGUUCCAUCACCCAGAUCCCCAUCCUCACCAUGCCCAACGAUGACAUCACCCAUCCCAUUCCUGAUCUGACUGGAUACAUCACUGAGGGCCAGGUCUAUGUGGACCGACAGCUGCAUAACAGACAGAUCUAUCCACCAAUCAACGUGUUACCCUCUCUGUCUCGACUGAUGAAAUCUGCUAUUGGUGAGGGAAUGACACGCAAGGACCACGCCGAUGUCUCCAACCAGCUGUACGCCUGUUAUGCCAUUGGUAAAGACGUGCAGGCCAUGAAGGCUGUGGUGGGAGAGGAGGCCCUCACCUCAGACGAUCUGCUCUACUUGGAAUUCCUCCAGAAGUUUGAGAGGAACUUCAUUGCUCAGGGUCCCUAUGACAACAGAACCGUUUACGAGACUCUGGACAUCGGAUGGCAGCUUUUGCGUAUCUUCCCCAAAGAAAUGCUGAAGAGGAUUCCCCAGAGCACCCUGGCUGAAUUCUACCCCAGGGAGUCUGCUGCCCGCCACUAAGAAGAUGCUCUCAGGGAUGCUCUGACUCCACCCCCACCUGAUUCCACCUAUCUCACGCCCCUUCGCCCCAGGGGAGAUACUCUCCCACCCCUAUCCCCACACAGAGAACGGAGCAUUAAUCUUGGCUCCCUCUGUAGAUGUAUUGUACUGUACCCGUGUUCCAAAUCUCGUAUUAAUAGUGUCUGUGAUUGUAAUCUAUAUUUUAUUCUUAAAUGUAAACUUACCCUAGAAGAAUUAUAGAAAAAUCCUGUUAUUUAUUGGGGUAUGUUACUGCUGAAUAUAUAUUCGGUUUAUGGUAUGUUGUCAAUCCAACACAAAAAUGGAAUUGAGCCUUUAAAAAAGAACAUCCUUUAAAAUUCCAAAAGGGAAUCGCUAUUAUUAGGCUAUAUUGCAAUGGUUUUAAUUGUCCAGUGUACAUUUAUCAUUUACCCUAUUUGAUUGGGAUGUAAGUGAACAAAGUAUUGAUUACCAAGAUCUGAAAGAAUGUGACUAUUGUAAACCAGCUUGUGAUCAAUUAUAUUCGUUUGGCCACAUCAUUGGUACUUCAAUACAUCAUUAGUUUGGUGGGUUAUUUGAUAAUGAACAACUUGGUUAACUUGAAAUGGAUUUCAGUUGUAGAUGUUGACUUUUCAUUUAACCUAAAAUGAUUGAUACCCGUUGCUUACUACUUUUUGCCCCUCGUGCUUGGUGUUUAUUAUUUUGGAAAAAAGUGCAAAGGAAGUUUACAUUGUGUUUGUUUUGUGUGAUGUGUGAAGUGAGAAAAGGUAUACUAAACAUUCCCGUCUCUUCCACAGCAAAUUAUCUGUAUUGUUUGGAAAAAUGUAAAUCUAUCUGUGUAUUGGUAUUGAUUCGUCUUUAUCUGACCGUAAAUAUAUUAAAUUAUAUUAGACAAA